AUGCCGAACGGAUGGCGACCGCUGGUAUUUGACACGGAUGAAUAUCUCACUGGAAGAAUCCAGCAAGAGAACUGGCUUCACAUUGGCACGCGAGAAUUCUUCACUCCGGUCUGGGGAACAAGAAAUAUCAUUACGAUUAGGAGUGUCUCUAAGCACCGCUCAAGGUAUACCGCGUUCAGAGGCAAAGUUUGGGGUCAAUUUAGUAUGACUGAGGAUAAGAAUGAUCAGAAGGCACAUGACGAGGAGGAAGAAGAAGAAGAAGACGAAGACGAAGAAGGAGAAGGCGAAGGAGAAGGAGAAGACAGCGAUGAAGGUACCGAAGACGAGGAUGAAAGUCGACCAUAUUUUGGUGAAGAAUGGAUCAACAAACUCAACGAUGAGCUGGCUGGAUGGCUGAGUGCAUGCAUCUGGAGCGGUCUUCCAAGCUGGAUGCCGCAUAGCGAGAAUACCGAACUCAAGCGUCGUUUCACUCAAGACACAAUUAUUGAGAUAUACGGUCUGGAGAAGAUGGUCGUUAUGGAAGACUGGGCAGCAUGGUCGCGCCGGAUAGGAGGUGCAGUACAAGACGGAUUCUCAUCAACAGAUCGAAGGCGGAUCUCUGGAUAUGGACGGUCAGAGAUCGAUAAACGGGAAUAUCAGGAAAAGCGUUUGGCAAAAUUGCAAGCAGACUUGAACGCGUCACUAAGAGCAAACUGUUACGACUGUGAAUUUGUGCACACCGGCCCCAGAUUCAUCUUUCAGCUCGCUGAGAAGAUGCCCAAAUGUCCUGCUUGUGGUCAAGGAGAAGGCGAUCGCUGGCAUUGGUGA